AUGCCCUUGCUUGCAGAUGUGGCCGAUGCUGACUUCGAUGAUAUGUGCAGCCGUUUUGAUAUUGCCAAUGUAGCAGCUCCAGUGCUAGGUGCUUGCGCAACGAGGCGACGCGUCAAUUUGGCUUGGACAUUCUUCCUCCAAUUGCUGCGGGGUGAGUCAGUUGCCAUGAAUGGUGAUCCUGGCCCUGUGAUUGUCAUGUCGGAUUUGGCAUCUCAGAUGCCUAGCCUGACCAACCUCAAAACACCAGUCAGUUCUGCAGGAUUUGAACUGACUUUACCCUGCAGAAACUUUAAGGACGAUUCGCAGCAUAAAAAGCAAUUGAGCAUUUCUGCACGUGUGACAACCGGCCACACAGUGAUCGCAACAAUUGGAAGUGCGCAGCGCCAUAGCAUGCUGCGGGUUCUCUCAGGCACAACGUAG